AUGGAAAACACCGACUAUCGUGAUGGAAUCAACGCUAAGGAAUUAAGUUUGGUUCCAGACCUGGUACUCCCUCCCAAGUUCAAAACCCCAGAAUUUGAGAAAUACAACGGGACUAGCUGUCCCGAGGCUCACAUCACUAUGUUCUGCAGACGAAUGGCAGGCUAUGUCAAUAAUGACCAACUAUUGAUCCACUGUUUCCAGGAAAGUCUGGUUGGGGCCGCUUCUAGAUGGUACAACCAACUGAGUCGUAACCAGAUCAGUUCAUGGAGGGAUUUAGCACAGGCUUUCAUGAAGCAAUACAGUCACGUGACAGACAUGGCUCCUGAUAGAGUCACGUUACAGAACAUGGAGAAGAAACAAAAUGAGAGUUUCAGGCAAUACGCCCAAAGAUGGAGAGAGGUAGCAACACAAGUUUAACCACCUCUUCUGGAGAAAGAAACGACCAUGCUCUUUAUCAAUACGCUGAAGGCUCCAUUCAUUAACCACAUGCUAGGGAGCGCUACUAAAAGCUUCUCAGACAUAGUAAUGUCUGGAGAAAUGAUAGAGAACGCGAUAAGAUGUGGAAGGAUUGAAGCAGGGGAAAGUGCCAAGAAAUCAGCCCCGAGAAGGAAAGAGAACGAUGUGAACAACACGAGUAUGUACAAUAAGCCAGUCACUAUGAGCCAACCAAAGGUGGUGACUACCAGCCAUCAGGGCUCCGCAAGACGGGACUUCAACCCAAGGCCUAACAUGGAAAGAGUCCAGUUUACUCCUAUCCCGAUGUCCUACAAGGAAUUCUACCAGAGCUUAUUCGAUGCCCAUGUAGUGUCGCCCUUCUAUCUAAAGCCAAUGCAACCCCCAUUCCCCAAGUGUGCAAAAAACCCGUUACCUAAUCAUGGGGAUAAGGGUAUAAAUGUCAUAAUCGAGAGUUCAAGGAAGGAAAUUAAGAUGAAUGUUGCAGAAGUGAAUACUCCACUAAAAGAAGUAUGGAAGAAAAUGGUGGAAAAAGGGUUGGCAACACAGAAUUCAGGGGACAGACACCAAGGAGCAAAAAGUUAUUGCGAGUUCCAUAAUCAAGAGGACCAUGAGAUUCAGAAAUGCCGCGAAUUCAGGGCUCUAGUACAAGGGUUAAUGGAUAAUAAGGAGCUGGAAUUCUUCGAGUAUGCUAGGAGCCCAGAAAGAACAGACGUGUGUGCUUCAAAGGAAGGGUCGACGAGAAACGCUUGUAAAAUCAACCACCCAUUAGUUAUCAUAUCACGCUUAAGAACUAAUGAAGACGGGACACAAGUCACACCCAAAGUCGUGAUCCAGAAGCCCGUUGCUUUCCCUUAUAAAGAUAGCAAGAGGGUACCAUGGAAUUACAGCUGCAAUGUGACGAUCCCAGGAAAGAAGAGCCCGGCCAGUGCUUCACAACAAAACCAAGAUGUAGGUUUUUUUACACGCUGUGGGAGACAUUAUGUUCCCGAGAGUACAGGAACCAAAAUUGCCGAAGAAAGAAUCCCAACAGUUGAGCAAAGGAAAGAAAAGACAGUCGGGUUCGAAUCGCCAGUCAAUGAGUCUGUAACCGAGAAUGAAGCCAAGGAAUUCUUAAAAUUUUUAAAACACAGUGAGUACAGCGUCGUGGAACGGCUACAUAAGCAACCGGCUCGCAUUUCGGUGCUAGCUUUACUUUUGAGCUCAGAAAUGCAUCGGAGCGCGUUAAUGAAAGUGCUGAACGAGACAUACGUCGCGUAUGACAUCUCUAUCAACAAACUGGACCGCCUGGUCAACAAUAUCAGCGCCUACAAUUUUAUUUUCUUUAACGACAACAAAAUACCACUAGGAGGUAUGGGGUCUACAAAGGCCCUGCACAUUACCACGCGUUGCAAGGGAUACACAUUACCGGGGGUAUUGAUCGAUAAUGGAUCAACACUAAACGUCUUACCCCUAUCCACACUGAAUAGGUUACCUGUGGAUAGUUCCCAUAUGAAGACAUGCCAAAAUGUAGUAAGGGCAUUUGACGGUACUGAAAGGAAAGUAAUGGGGAGGAUUGAAUUACCCCUUCAAAUCGGUCCUAGCACGUAUGAGGUAGAUUUCUUAGUAAUGGACAUCAAACCCUCUUAAAAUUUCCUAUUGAGAAGACCAUGGAUCCACUCGGCAGGGGCAGUGCCGUCAUCAUUACAUCAGAAGCUCAAACUUAUAACGGAAGGUCGAUUGGUGACUAUAAAUGCGGAGGAAGACAUCAUUGCAUCUGUUACCAGCAAUGCACCAUAUGUGAGGACAGAUGAUGAAGCCAUAGAAUGUUCUUUUCGAUCGUUGGAAUUCGUAAAUGCGACCUUUCUUGUCGAAGGAAAUAAAGUCCCAACACCUAGACUUUCCAAAACCACAAGAAUGGGACUACAACUGAUGGUUGGGAAGGGAGCCUUGCCAGGGAAAGGACUUGGAAGAAGCCUACAAGGAAGGGUCAAAGUACCUAUGCUCACGGACAAACGGGACCGCUUUAGCUUAGGAUUCAAGCCAGAUGCAAGACAAAAGAAAGAGGAGCAAGAGAAGAAACAAGAAAGGAGAAGAGCGCGUUUGAACGAGGAAGAGGUUAAAUGGAAGCCAAUGAACUUUCCCCAUAUAUCCAGAACGUUUGUGUCGGGAGGAACUAUUUAUGCCGAAGGAAGAUUGGCAGGCCAAGAGUCCACUAAAGAAAUGCGGGAAAGCUUAAGCAUUAAUGCCACGUUCGAAGGAGGAACUGGAGAAGAGAAUGGGGCGGAUUCUUUUGUUCUUUGCAUCUUCCUUUCUGCCCAAAACAGGUCUCCAGAUAUCAACGAUGUGAGUGACCUUGCUAUUAAUUCGGAGUCUCCUUUUGAGCGCGAUAUGUGUCUAGAGGGAUCUGAGGAUUUUGGAGAUGACAGUGAUUGUAACUUAUCCCCCGAUUUGUUAAGAAUGGUAGAACAAGAUGAGAACCAGAUUUUACCACACAAGGAGUCAGUAGAAAUCGUGAACUUGGAAGAUGAACUAGAAAGGAGAGAAAUAAAGAUCGGAGCUUGCAUCACCACAGAGACAAAGCGGCACCUUAUUGAGUUACUCCAAGAGUUCAAAGAUGUCUUUGCAUGGCCAUAUCAGGAUAUGCCUGGGCUAAGUACUGACAUUAUGGUACACAGGCUCCCCAUCAAAGAAGAAUGCAAGCCAGUUCAGCAAAAGCUUCGAAGGAUGCGGCCCGAUGUUCUGUUGAAAAUAAAAGAGGAGGUCAAGAAGCAAUUUGAUGCUGGUUUCUUACAAGUAGUCAAGUACUCGGAAUGGGUAGCAAACAUCGUCCCCGUCCCUAAAAAAGAUGGAAAGGUACGGAUGUGUGUAGACUACAGAGACUUAAACAAAGCCAGCCCGAAGGAUAAUUUCCCGUUGCCUCAUAUUGACACCUUGGUGGAUAACACGGCAGGUUACUCACUCUUCUCCUUCAUGGAUGGUUUCUCGGGGUACAAUCAGAUCAAGAUGCAUCCUGAAGACAUGAAUAAAACCACAUUUGUGACCAUGUGGGGAACCUUUUGCUAUAAAGUAAUGCCGUUUGGAUUGAAAAAUGAGGGAGCAACAUAUCAGAGAGCCAUGGUUACCCUAUUUCAUGAUAUGAUGCAUAAAGAAAUUGAAGUUUAUGUCGACGACAUGAUCGCCAAAUCUCGGACUGAAGAAGAGCAUGUGCAAGUCUUAAGAAAAUUAUUUUUGAGGUUGAGAAAAUUCCAGUUGAAACUCAAUCCCGCAAAAUGUACCUUCAGAGCCAGGUCAGGAAAACUGCUAGGAUUCGUGGUCAGUGGAAAAGGGAUUGAGAUCGACCCAGACAAAGUCAAGGCCAUACAAGAGUUACCUCCACCACGUACUCAGAAGGAAGUUCGAGGAUUCCUAGGAAGACUAAAUUACAUCGCUCGGUUUAUUUCACAACUAACCGAGAAAUGUGACCCCAUAUUCCGUCUCCUUAAGAAACACAACCACGGUAGUUGGGACGAGGAAUGGAAGACUUUCGACAAGGUUAAGCAAUAUUUGUCUAAUGCCCCAGUGUUGACACCACCUAAUCCAAAUAAGCCAUUGAUACUGUAUUUGACGGUGUUUGAAAAUUCUAUGGGAUGCGUGCUUGGCCAACACGAUGAAUCAGGAAGGAAAGAAAGAGCGAUAUAUUACCUCAGUAAAAAGUUUACUGAGUGUGAGACGAGAUACUCGUUCAUCGAAAAGUUAUGUUGUGCUUUGAUUUGGACAACCCGAAGACUGAGACAAUACAUGUUGUACCAUACGACUUGGCUGAUCUCUAAAAUGGAUCCCCUGAAAUACUUGAUAGAGUCGACUGCCUUGAAUGGGAGAAUAGCCCGAUGGCAGAUUCUACUUUCUGAGUUCGAUAUAGUCUAUGUGAACCAGAAGGCAAUAAAAGGGAGCGAGAUAGAAGAUUUCCUAGCCAGCAGAGCCCUAGAGGACUAUGAGCCUCUGAACUUUGAUUUCCCAAACGAAGAUCUAAUGUGCGUAGCAACCACUGAAGAAGACCCUCAAGAAGGUCACCCUUGGAAGCUAAACUUUGACGGAGCAUCAAAUGCCGUGGGUAACAGAAUCGGGGCAGUCCUGAUAUCCCCGAACAGAGAUCAUUAUCCAUUCACUAGUAGAUUGGAUUUUGACUGCACAAACAAUAUGGCAGAGUACGAAGCAUGCAUCAUGGGAAUUCGCGCGGCCAUGGAACGUAAAAUUAAGGUGUUAGAAGUAUACGAAGAUUCUGCCCUAGUGAUUUAUCAACUCAAAGGUGAAUGGGAGACAAGAGACCCCAAAUUGAUCAAUUACCGAAGGCUGAUCCUUGAGUUAAUUAAAGAGUUUGAUGAUAUUGUCUUCUACUACCUUCCACGAGAAGAAAAUCAGAUGGCCGACGCCUUAGCAACUUUGGCUUCUAUGAUUAGGGUGAACCAACCAGAAGAUCUAGAGAUACAAGAGGGUGUUACGAUCAAUGAGAUAAACAUGUUAGAUGUGAAACCUGUCACCAUCAUUUAUGGAAAGAUAACCCAAUUGGAAAAGAGUCUACCUCGAAGGCCAUACAGGAUGAUCUAUUGGUCAAUAAGGUUCUUAGCCUUGUUAAGUAUGGAGAUGCCCAAUGAGUUCCUUGGAGAUAUGAUUAUGAUGUGGUUGGACUUGAUGCCUCCAACUUCUCAGGACUCAGUGGCAUAA